CUUAUGGUUCCAUAUACUUUCUGUAAUUCUUCCUUCUUUGUAACUUUAUAUCCCACAGCCAGGAGAAGUAAAAUCUGAUUGUAACUGAGCAGUUAUAAGUCAUUCUAUCGAGGAAAUAAGAGAUACAAAAUCAUUUUGGGAGGGGGAGAUCUAGGUCUGGAAGAGGGUUGAAAAUUUAGUUUAAGAUCACUUUGAGAGGUGGGAAUGGUUCGAUUUUUAGGUUCUGCCUAACCUCAUGAAACAUUUAACUAGUUGGUGAAUAAUUUAGUAGUACUGGCUAUUUCUUGUCAUAAAUUCCACUCCAAGGCUAUUCCUGUCACAAAAAACUUUUAACAUGCACAGGCAUAUCAAAAAACAAAGAACGCAGGCAUUUUGAAGGUUAAUCCCAUGUUUUCUGUUUGCUCCAGCAAAAUAUACAUUCCAAGCACUUGUGAUUAACAGUUAAUUGUUCGAUUUUUCAUGUAUUUGUUUGCUGUGGGCUGUGAAAUCUGUGCAGAAAAUGCCAACCAUUCAGCUAUGGAAGGAUAGCAAGAAACAGGCAGAGGUGAUUGGUGGUCACAAAGCAUAUUUGGUCAUUAAUGAAGUUCGUGAAAUGAUUGAAAAUGAGGAUACCUUGUGAAUUAUGUUUCUUUGAGAGAUGUUCACUGGGAGCAGUAACAUAGAGAUGCUACCGACUGUGGAUGAUUAUCUACAAGGGGGGUUCGGUGGUAAUUUAGAGGAUAAUUUGCAGAGCGAACUGGAACUGAUUCUACAAGCACGGCGUCGUAAUCAACGCAUAGAAAGAGAUCUUGAUAGAUAUAGGAGUGGCAGUGCUCCGCCUACUGUUGAGGGAUCAUUAAGUGCUGUGGGAAGCCUUUUUAGGAACAAUAAUUUGAGUGACAUCAAUAGUGUCACUAGUAGUAAUGGUAACUGUAACAAUGUGGUUUUGACCGAAGAGGAGAUUCGCUCGCACCCAUCUUACCUUUCGUAUUACUAUUCUCAUGACAGCAUUAACCCAAGAUUGCCCCCACCUUUGUUGUCAAAGGAGGAUUGGCGUGUUGCACAAAGGUUUCAGUCUUCAGGAUCUAUGUUUGGUGGUAUUGGCAACUUGAGGAAGAAUAAGGUGGUAGAAGAUAGCGAUAGUUCAUCACUGUUUUCAAUACAGCCAGGACUUUCAGUGCAUAAGGUUGACAUUGAUUUGAUAGAAUCGAGUAAUUCAAGUAGAAAUAAUGUCAUCAGGAAUGCUUCAUCCAAGUGGCUUGAUAGAGGUUCCAGUGAUCCUGGAUUGCAGCGCUCCAGGCUUGGUGCAAGGAGGAAAAGUUUUGCUGACAUUCUACAGGAAGGACUUGAUCAGCCCACUUCCAUACCAGGUCACCUAUCUUCCCCAGCAAGUCAUACUACUUUUUCUGAUCUUCUGGAUACAACUGGUGAAUGUGAUCCUCAUCAAGUUGGGUUACAUGAUGGAAUGGAAUCCCUGGAAGGCUUGUAUUCUGGAGCAGCUACCACUGCCUUCACAGGAACUCAAAGCCACAGCAAUACCUUUUCUCACUCCUUUGCAUCUGCUGUGGGCUCAUCAUUGUCUAGGAGUACAACACCUGAACAGCAGCUGCUUGGGAGGCCUGCUAUUUCUAGUCUACAUCCUGUUGGCAGCAGAGUUGGUCCUAUUGAGAAGAAGAAUGCUGUUGGCAUGAUUGUCCAAAAUAAUCAUUCUUCUGGGAUUACCGAGCUUGGGGAAAUUGCCAAUACGUUGUCUGGAUUAAACCUUUUGAACACUAGACUCACAGAUCAAGAGAGUCAUACACGAGGCCAACUGCAAAUGGAUCUGGACAGUGAGCCACAUUUUCCUUUUAACAUGUCGAAUGGUGCUGAGCAGGCUCUGCAUCAGCAACUCAUAGAAACAUCCAAGGUAGAAAAUCUCUCAUUUUCUACCAACCAUACUGAUAUGCCGAGAAACAACAGGAUCAUACCAAACAAUAAUGCUUCUAAGAUAAGUUAUAAUGGGGAAGUUAGUAUUCCCAGAAGAACUUCUUCUUCUACCAAUCUUCACUCACAAAUGAAUUCCUUGGGCCUUGGAAGUUUGGAAAGAUCAAAUGUUUAUCAUCAAAAUGCAAAUAUUCCAAUUAUGGAUUUCACUGGCCAUGUACCUGAUGAUUAUUCGACACUGAAACUGAAUUCAAUGAUCAAGAAUCAUUUUGACACAGGUGGUGUUGGAAUUGAGAAUGGUUUCAAUAGACUGGGAAAUCAAGUAGGGUCUGAUCUUCGUUCUCCAUUUCUGGACCCACGCUAUACUCAGUCCUUGCAAAGAAUGUUGGAUUAUGCAACACAUGCUGUAGCUAGUUCAAGUGAGCCUCCAGUUAGAGAUUAUUUUGGCACUUCGGAGGGAGACUUGGACAGGAUUCAAAAAGCUUAUCUUGAGACAUUGCUUGUUCAGCAGAAGCAACAAUAUGAAUUGCCAAUUCUAACCAAAUCUGGUGGGUUGAAUCAGGGAUACCAUAGGAAUUCAUCAUAUAAUCUUAGCAUGCCAUAUCCAGAGAACUCAGCAGUGAAAUCUAUGCUUCCUUCUGUUGGAUCUGGGGGUUUUCAGAGUGGGCGAGCUUCACACUUAGCUUCUGUGAUGAGGAGUUCGACGGGAGGAUCCACUGGGUCACGGCAGUCUGAUAUUGGCUGCAAUGCUGAAAGAAAACAGUCUUCAUCCUUUAUAGAUGAAUUUAAGAACAACAAGACUGGUUCUUUUGAACUUUCAGACAUUGUUGGUCAUGUUGUUGAAUUCAGCACAGAUCAGUAUGGAAGUCGGUUUAUCCAGCAGAAACUAGAAACUGCUUCAGUUGAAGAGACGAACAAGAUAUUCCCUGAGAUUAUUCCUCAUGCUCUUACCUUGAUGACUGAUGUUUUUGGAAAUUAUGUUAUACAAAAGUUUCUUGAUCAAGGUACAGAAAGUCAAAGAAUAGAGUUAGCCAGUCAGCUUACUGGUCAUGUUUUACCUCUCAGUCUUCAAAUGUAUGGGUGCAGAGUAAUCCAGAAGGCUUUGGAGGUGAUUGACGUGGAUCGACAGACUCAAAUGGUGGCAGAGCUAGAUGGCUCUGUCAUGAAAUGUAUUCGUGAUCAGAAUGGUAAUCAUGUUAUUCAGAAGUGUAUAGAGUGUGUUCCAGGAGAUCGAAUACAGUUCAUCACCUCAGCUUUCUAUGGGCAAGUUGUGGCCCUUUCCACCCACCCUUAUGGUUGCCGUGUUAUCCAGAGGGUCUUGGAGCAUUGUAAGGACAUGAAUACACAGCAAGUUAUUAUGGAUGAAAUUAUGCAGUCUGUAUGCGCUUUGGCACAAGAUCAAUAUGGAAAUUAUGUCAUUCAGCAUGUCCUGGAGCAUGGUAAGCCACAACAACGAUCUGUUAUUAUUAGAAAGCUUGCGGGACAGAUUGUUUUGAUGAGUCAGCAGAAAUUUGCUUCUAAUGUUGUGGAGAAGUGCUUGACAUUUGGUGGCCCUGAUGAGCGCCAGCUUUUGGUGAAUGAGAUGCUUGGUUCCACUGAUGAAAAUGAGCCCUUGCAGGCUAUGAUGAAAGAUCCGUUUGGAAAUUAUGUUGUACAAAAGGUUCUUGAGACCUGCGAUGAUCGAAGUCUAGAGUUAAUUCUUUCUCGCAUUAGGAUUCAUUUGAGUGCCCUGAAGAGAUACACUUAUGGUAAACAUAUUGUUUCGCGUGUUGAGAAGCUCAUCACAACUGGAGAAAGGCGCAUACGGUUGUCAUUCGCAGUCUCCUCCUAACUUGAUUUAAUCUGGAAACAUGGAAGGCACUUUUUCUUUGACGCCAUAAAAAGCAAAAAGGGCAUGCAAAUUUUGUACAGCUAACAUGGAAGGUGAUUUUUGCAAGUUGUCAUCUCAUAGCUUUGGUCCUUAAAGAGAAUAAUAGAUGUAAAUAAGCAAGAAAACUGCAUGCUUGCGGAAUAAGAUGUUUUCGUUUUUGUCAAUAUCUGAUUGUAUAUGCAGCUCACAGAAUAAAGGUAAAUUUAGGUUAGAGAGGCAAUUUAUAGUUGAUCAGUCUCCUCUUGGAGUACAGUCGCAAUCUGUACGGUCUGUCAUAAGGAAUGGAAUGUAAAUGUUACUAGCAGACGUAAAAGAUGAUAUUUGAUCUUUUUGCUUCAGAA